ACGUUAGUCUCUGCGCACAUUUGUGUUUUAUUAUAUCCCGGGCACGAACCAAAACUUAGAAGUAAUUAUUUCAUGCUGAGUUUUAUUUACUGAAUAUUAGUGAAAGACUGUUGGCAAUAAGGCGCUUCGGCUUGUAACAAGCCACAUUUGCUACGAUAAACAUACUGUAAAUUUGCCUUAGAUAGUGACCAUUGACCCAUGGUUAGAAGCAGACAACUUCGGAAAUUCAGAUAUAAUAACACCAUUGACCAGUUUGAAUAUGACGGCUGUGACAAUUGUGAGUCUUACCUUCAGAUGAAAGGCAACCGAGAAAUGGUUUAUGAAUGCACAAGUUCCUCAUUUGAUGGUGUGAUAGCCAUGAUGAGUCCCGAGGACAGUUGGGUAGCUAAAUGGCAGCGGAUAGGCAACUUCAAGCCAGGUGUAUAUGCAGUGUCUGUGACAGGCAGACUACCUCCAGGUGUGGUGAGAGAGUUGAAAAGCAGAGGAGUGAUCUACAAAUCCAGAGAUACAGCAGUGAAGACGUAAACCCUGCUGCUCCAAAUUAUGUCAUCUGAUCAGCCACACCAGAUAAUGCUGCAACUCCAGCGACAAGUAACAACAAUGGGACUCGGUUUAAAUUGGGAUGUCUUAUGGAACUGCCCCUUCUGAUUGUUCAAUUUUUGUUUUUUGUUAUGUAUAGACAUAUUAACAUGGGCUACUAUAGAGGAGAAAAGUGGCUCAAUCUUUGAAUAAUAAUAAAAAUAAUUGUUUUAUAAGAACUU